UUAAGAGCCAGUGUGAACAAGAAAAAGCGAUUUUGUUCCCAUGAAACACUAAAAUAAUGAGGAGAUGGCCGUCAUUCUCCUUUCGUUUCACAGUAGAUACGUGUUUGGGUAUGUCAAAAGACGACACAAUUUAACAUAUUCACAUUGGACAAAGUUAGAUGUUUUUAAGUGGAACUUUGUAGUUUCUGGCAGCGGAACGGAUGAUUUAUUUAGUACACCACGGAAGCAGUAACGUUGGGAACGGAACCAAAAUCUGUAAACAAACGUAAAGGCUGUUAGCAACAGGUUUGCCAGAUUGAAACACAUGUGUGAAACGACAUCGAGCUAAACACAGAAAAUGUUUAAAAACACAUUCCAAAGCGGAUUCUUGUCCAUCUUAUACAGCAUUGGCAGCAAACCACUUCAGAUAUGGGAUAAAAAGGUGAGGAACGGUCACAUCAAAAGAAUCACAGACAACGAUAUACACUCAUUGGUGCUGGAGGUUGAAGGAACAAACGUCAGCACCACAUAUAUAACAUGUCCUGCAGACCCCAAGAAGACACUGGGCAUCAAGCUUCCUUUUCUGGUGAUGAUCAUCAAGAACCUCAAGAAGUAUUUCACCUUUGAAGUCCAGGUGUUAGAUGAUAAAAAUGUUCGGCGGCGGUUUCGGGCGAGUAAUUAUCAGAGCACAACGCGAGUGAAGCCGUUUAUCUGCACCAUGCCCAUGAGGCUCGAUGAUGGCUGGAACCAGAUUCAGUUCAACCUAUCAGACUUCACUAGGAGAGCCUAUGGAACCAAUUAUAUUGAGACACUGCGUGUACAGAUCCACGCCAACUGUCGUAUAAGGAGGGUCUAUUUCUCAGACAGACUGUACUCUGAGGAUGAGCUCCCAGCAGAGUUUAAACUCUACCUGCCAGUCCAGAACCAGAAGGCCAAGCAAUAGAGCUUCUAAACCUGCACAAUUUCCCCUGAGCAGAUGUGGAAUUUAGCUGUAAGGUUAUUUUUUUGUGUGUGUUUAUGAGGAUCUUGAAAAAUUUGCAGCAUUGUGAUUUUGCAACUGUGAUUUUUGAGUGCUCUGUGUUGCACAAUAAAGUUUUCUAUGGACUAAUCCAUUAACAGAAACGUCAUGAUAAUUCACUGCUACCCCCUAAUAGACAGAAGGGCAUGGCGCACAGGUGGCAUUGCGGCUCGUCUAUGUGACAUGCAUCACAUGACUCCCAUAACACAAACUGGGAGUGCAAAUUCAGUGCAAGACUACUGAAAUGGGCGAGUACUCCAGUCUUUUAUGCUCUUGAUGCGUGUCAACGCUGGGAAUAUAGAGGAAUAGCAUGCCCUGAAGAGUUGUCAGUUUGCGACCAGUUUGUGGGCUUUCAUCGAAAAUAAUGGGUGUGGGUAUUUUUACACACAUCAGAUGCCGCCUGUGUGCGGUGCCCUUAAAAGAUGAGUGCUUGCUUUUAAAAGUAAAAAUAAAAACAUCCAACCACUCAUAGAAUGCCAAGUCUUUAUCAAAUAACACAAUUUCAAGCAUUGGCAAAACAUAUAACCUUUGUUUAACAUUGGAUUUCAGUAAUACAUUCAUUUUAAUACAAAGUGCAUUGUACAAAGACAAAAGUGACCCUUUAAAGCAAUUUGUUUUUAUAUAAAUUGUGAUAGUCCCACCUCAAGCUGCAGUGACAUUUAUUUGUGAUAAAUAUCCUGUCAUUUCAUAGUUUCCAUUUUCAAGAAAUCUCUCAAAAAAAAAGCAUGGCACAAAGAAAAGUAAACAAUUCAGGUAAGAUUUCUUAUGAAGGUUAUACAAAUAAGAAUACCUUGUUCUAAAUUUCUGGUCUGUUCAAUGAAUGUCAGUUUAUCGAAGUGAGUUGAACUUUCAUUUUAGAUGGACUUUGUGUACAAGUUUUACUCAGAAAUUAUUUGCCAGCAGCUGACAUUGACUUUUACUUUGAUGUUUUACUGUUUGGUAUUUUAGUCUAUUCAGGUUACAUGUGGACAAGACGUUUAACUGAGGAUUGUUAAAUCUUAGGUUCCCAAAUAUUUCAAGACACCAUAAAUAUAAAUGCAUUGCAAAUCUAUUGGCUACAUAAAAUAAAGUUUAGGAUAUUUCCUUCCUUUUUAA